AGAUGGCGCUUGUGUUCCGCCGAAUCCACACAAUCCACACCUGCCGUCAUGGCACUGUGGAAAUGAUUGGAAAGCAAAAUCAAUUUGUGAUGAUAAGUUAUUGUUUCAAUUCUACACCUGUUGCAAUGAUUUCAGUUUCUAAUUUCUUGGUUAAAAGCUGGUUUUGACCGGUUACCGUGUUCGUCAGACACAUCUAGAGGUUAAUUUUCAGUGUAUGAAUGAAAUAGUCAAAUUCUUUCAAAAUGUCGUCAUCAGCUGUUUAUUUGCUGGAUGUGAAAGGGAAGGUGUUAAUUUCCCGAAAUUAUCGAGGUGACAUUGACAUGGGAGUGAUUGAGAAGUUCAUGCCUCUUCUCAUGGAAAAGGAAGAAGAGGGGCUUCUGACUCCCAUUCUCCAAACUAAUGAUUGCACUUUUGCUUAUAUUAAGUACAAUAACUUGUACAUUGUUUCCACAACUAAGAAAAAUGCCAACAUUGCUUUAGUUUUUACGCUUUUACACAAGAUUGUUCAUGUCAUGAUAGAAUAUUUUAAAGAGCUGGAAGAAGAAAGUAUCCGUGAUAAUUUUGUGGUUAUAUAUGAAUUAUUAGAUGAAUUGCUGGACUUUGGCUACCCCCAGACAACUGACAGCAAAAUUCUCCAAGAGUAUAUCACUCAGGAAGGACACAAACUUGAAAUUCAGCCCCGACCGCCUCCUGCUGUCACAAAUGCUGUGUCCUGGCGCUCUGAAGGCAUUAAAUAUCGUAAAAACGAAGUUUUCUUGGAUGUAAUAGAGUCUGUGAAUCUAUUGGCUAAUGCCAAUGGAAAUGUCUUGCGAAGUGAAAUUGUUGGAGCCAUCAAAAUGAGAGUGUAUCUAUCAGGAAUGCCAGAAUUAAGACUGGGUUUGAAUGAUAAAGUUCUUUUUGAGAGCACUGGUCGAGGAAAGUCCAAGUCUGUUGAACUUGAAGAUGUGAAAUUUCAUCAAUGUGUCCGUUUAUCAAGGUUUGAGAAUGAUAGAACUAUCUCAUUUAUCCCUCCUGAUGGGGAAUUUGAGCUUAUGUCUUACCGGCUCAAUACACAUGUGAAGCCACUCAUUUGGAUUGAGUCUGUAAUUGAGAGGCAUGCCCACAGUCGUGUUGAAUACAUGAUCAAAGCAAAGUCACAAUUCAAGCGCCGAUCAACAGCCAACAAUGUUGAAAUCGUGAUACCGGUCCCAGCAGAUGCAGACUCACCCAAGUUCAAGACAACUAUUGGCAGUGUGAAAUAUGCUCCUGAGCAGAACGCCAUUACAUGGACAAUUAAAUCAUUCCCGGGGGGCAAAGAAUAUCUUAUGCGAGCACAUUUCGGUCUACCAAGUGUUGUUUGUGAAGAUUCAGAAGGGAAACCACCCAUCCAAGUCAAGUUUGAAAUUCCCUACUUUACCACUUCAGGCAUUCAGGUCAGGUACUUAAAGAUUAUUGAGAAGAGUGGUUACCAAGCUCUUCCUUGGGUGAGAUACAUCACUCAAAACGGGGACUACCAGUUGAGAACAAAUUGAGAGCUGUAUCAUGCAAUUACAUACUUGUAUUUUUGUGACGGCUUGACUGAACGGUUUUGUUCUGUUUUCCUAUUGUUACUGAUAAGUUUGUCAGAAGUAUAUAGUUGUAAUUUAAUUGUGAUGUUAUAUUGUUGCAACUUCACUGUCAUUCACUUGUCAACUUCUUAAUCAAUACCAGGAAGUAACUGGUGCCUUUGUUUAUAAAAAUCAGUAUUUCUUUUGAAGAUAAAAUUAUUUUAACCAUUUUAUGAAUUUAAAUUUUCUUACAAGAGUCUGCCCAACUUAAAGAAAUCUUACACAAUAAGUUAUUCCAAGUAGACAUGACACUUGAUGCUGAUGACUGAGAAAUAGUAAAUUCUGGCAUUUUUUUAGUUGUCUUGUUACAGUGUAUUGAAAUUUGUUAAUUGCCUUCAAACUUAAAUCUUUGGAGCCUUUAUUCUAAAUGAUGUCUUUAGUAUAGUGUGGAAGUGACCUUUCAUGUAGGCAAGAAUAACAUCUGCGUGUAGGUGCAGGCUUUUGAGGAGUUGUCAUGUUGAGUUAGCGUGAAUGGUUUCCAAAUGGUAUCAUCAGAACGAAUCAUUCAAGACCAAAUGGACAAUCCCAUUGGUCUUUAUUGGUGUAUAUAAUGCUAGAUUGUUUUUAUUAGUUUUUAUGACUUGCAGAAUUUUUAAUUUAUGCCUCUGUGGUUUUAAACUCUUAAAGACAGGUUUGUUCCUAAAUUGACCUACACUCCUGACAAUGGGUACUAAACUAAGUCUUUGGUCUUCAUAUUUUUUAAAUGUUAUUUUGUUGACUUAAAUAGUAAACUUUGCUUUCUCCUUUA